AUGACACAAGAGAACAACAGUUCUGCGUAUGUCUAUGUAAACGGGGAGAAGAUGAAUCUUCUUGAAGACGGACGACUAUUUUUGUACCACCGAUUUCCUAAGGGCACUCUGCUGUAUGACCCUAGCGAUCUCCCACCACGCGAGGUGCCACUCUCAACCGACGCUGCUGAACACGGUAUCACAGUUCGUAGACUAAUUCCAUACGGCCACUAUCAUGCCUUUCUCCCAGACCCAGCAACAGGCGAUUUGCACCCGCUCACCGGCGAAAGUAUAUGUGCGUAUGUGACAAACCUUCCACCUAACACAACAGCAGAGAUGUUUGGGCGCUACUUCGAGGCAUUUGACAUGGUGGCGGAGGCUGACAUCUUUACAAACCCGGAAGGUUUGUGUAAUGGAAGGGGAUGGGUGGUGUUACAGGACCCCAUGAAGCUACUGAUGAUACCUCCUCUCCUUGAGUUCUUCCCGCGGAACUUCAUUCGCAUUGCUCUCAGCGACAGAAUCCCCUCACGUGCGGUGUUCCCACCACCACAAGCGGCAGCAUCCAGCAUUCACGCGCUUGGUAGCGUCACCCCAUCUUACGUUGACCCUGUUGUUGGCCACGGCCGAAGUACCAAUUCAAAGCGUUCCGGUGGCAUGUCUGGGCAUGGCGUUGGACCCAAUGGGGCUCCUAAACCGCCAGCGGCGUUGGCUGGGGGCGUGGUUAAUGCGAGUUCCUACUACUUUGCGGCAUCGAUACAAAAGGGCGAAGUGGACAAAUCUAUAGAGGAAGGUGUUUUUUGGCCAAGCCCAGCGAACCGACGCGCCUUUUAUUCAACGCUGGAAAGGGGACCAGUUAUCAUCAUAUUCGUGCUACAAGAGUGUCCCGCCGUUUUUGGUUACGCACGGUUGCUUUCACAACGCGACUCAGACACCAAUGUGUCAUUUGGAUGCCCUAUCGAGUGGAUGAAGCAUCAUGUAUUUUUACAAGAAACCGAAAUGAGACUAAUCCAAAGCGUUCCUAUAGCCAAGAUGGGUGACGGAAUUCCACUGAAACCUGAAAUUGGUGAGAGCAUAUGCCAUUUAGCUGACCGGUAUCCUUCGAUUCCAACCAUGUCUGAGGGUUUAGGCCUCCAGGCAGCGAACGGCAGGCAUGCCGGGCGUGGCGGUGGUUUCAAUAGCAUAGGUGGCGGUGGCAGCGGUGGUGGUGUUCAGCCCAUUGGCGACAGGAGGGCAUUGAGACCUGGCACUGCGACGGCAGCGCCUCAACCCCUAGGCGCGCGCCAAUCCACAAGAGGGGGGCACUAUGUGAAUGGCGCCAACAGGGUCCUUCCUCGUCGACGUGUAUAUCAUGAUUCCACGAGCAGCUACCCAUCCUUUGGCGGUAAUGUUGUGCCACCUCGAAAGCUGUAG